UGUACAAUAACUCUUAUGUUUUGCCAACUUGGAUUCUUCAGGAUGAUUUACAAACAUAAAUAAAUCGAAAUUCAAGCACAUUAAAAAAAGGAUCAUUUCAAAUCAGAAUCACAUUAAAGUGAAUUAUUCAUGAAUAAAUGAUUUACCGUGAUGUUUGAACAAUUGAUUCUGUAUUUUUUAUUUACUUUUUUGCUUCUUGUUAACUAUAUGAAUCUUUUGUUCAACCCCAGCUCUACACAGUUCGAUGCCUCAGCAGCCGUCGCGGCCGAGUCACAAAGCAGCGCCUCUUCAUCCAAAACCGCCCCAGCAGCAGCAGCAGCAGCAGCAGCAGCAGCCAGCCCCACCUCAGCAGCAGCAGCAGCAGCCAGCUCUACAGCAGCAGCCGCAGCUCCAGCCUCAGUCGGCCCCCCCACCACAGCAUCAGCUCCCCUCUCAGAUCCCCCCUCAGAUCCUCCACACUCACCAACCCCUGCACCAAAGGCCCAUGUCACCCCCCACUCUCACCCCUCAAGGUUUGCUGUCUUCCCAGCCUCCCCAGAUGCUGUUGGAAGACGACGAAGAGCCAGGGUCAACUACACCUAUGAACCAAGUGCAGUUAUUCCUACACCAGUUCCAGCCGGCCCGUCAGCCGCAGCAGUCCAUGCAGUCGCACCAGGCACCGGUUCGGCAGCAGCAGCAGCAGCCGCCGCAGCUGCAGCAGCUGGGACAGACUUCUCUCCUGCAGACGGCGACAAUGCAGGCACAGUCGCAGCUCUCCGCACAGACUUCGCUGCCUCCUCCACAGCUUUCUGUUCCCUCUCAAGCCCAGCCCACUGCAUCACAUCAGGCCCCGCCCCCUCAGAUUACCCUACACCAGGCCCGCCACCUGCAAAACGCUCAACACCAACAGCAGCAAGCGCAGCAGCAUCAAUUGAACUACCAGCAGGGUCCGGGACUCGCUGGUCAGUCCCAGGCGUCGCAACACAACAUCUCGAUGUCCUCCAACAAAGCACAGCAGAUCAUCCAGCAGCAGCAGCAGCAGGAGCAGCCCUCCCCUCGGCCAUCCAAACCUGACCCAUACAAUACUGGCCACAUAAGAGAUAACCCGUCUCCUCUCAUGAUGCAUUCCCCACAAAUCCCCCAGUUUCCUCCCGUCUCUCACCCAUCCCCACCUCACAACAUGCAACCCAAAAAGCAGAGGGCCCCUGGAAGCCAAGUUGCGGUUAAAGAGGAAAAACUUCCUCCGUCACCAGUGAUGAGAGGAGAGCAUUUUAACUCUGCGAUGAGAGCAGAGCAUCACAAACAUCCAGAAAUCAAGCUCAGUCAGACCGGCCAGAGUCAACAGAGUUUAAAAUCAGUGGAUAGUUCACGGCCCGUCAUCCGUUCCUCUGAGCCCAGCGGGCCACCUCCCACCCUGCAGGAAAAGGAGAAAUUCAAGCAGGAGCCCAAGACCCCUGUAGCUCCCAAAAAGGUACAGGACGUGAAAUUCAAAAAUAUGGGCUCAUGGGCAAGCCUGGCACAAAAGUCAACGUCUACAACGCAAUCUGCUGUGAAGUCAUCGAGUGACAGCUUCGAGCAGUUCCGCCGUGCGGCCCGGGAGAAAGAGGAGAGGGAGAAGGCCCUGAAGGCCCAGGCAGAGGCGGAGAAAGACCGGCUGCGUAAAGAGCAGGACAAACAACGAGGGCGGGAUGAAGAGGACGUCAUCGAGCCUCCUCCCAGAAGAGUGCACGAGGAGUCUCGUGGCCGCCUCGAGCCGCAGCACAUCCAAGCCCCUUCUCAACAACAACCACAGCCGCAGCAGGUGCAGGUGCAGCAGGAAUCCCAGCCGGCUGCCGUCCAGCAGUCUCCUCAACCCGCCACUCCGCCUCAGCCCUCCACACAGAACUCACUAGACCAACAGAGGGAACUGGCACGCCGAAGGGAACAGGAGAGGCGGAGGAGGGAGGUGAUGGCAGCGACUAUUGAUAUGAAUUUUCAAAGUGACUUAAUGGCUAUCUUUGAGGAGAACUUGUUUUGAGAAAAAGAGGACAGCAGAAUGAACUGCAGAAGAAGAAGAAGAAAAGUGAAUGAAUGCCGCAAGCAUCCUCUUGAAUAAAAUCAUGGCAACAAUGCAGCGCAGACCGCUCCGCAGACUUUAUGCAUACACAACCAGCCCUGUUGAGACUGAAAACAAACGCUGGCUGGACGAGCGGUUACGGCUCACUUUGGCCCCAUUGGCUGAACACAUGGUGGGGGACUCUUAUUGUUUUGGAUGUCAUUUUUUUUUGGAAUCCAGCAUUGCUUGCCUGAUCUCUACUUGUGGAGGGAAAAAAAA